GUCAUUCUGCAACAUCGAUGCUGCCUUCUGGCGUUGCUACUUUGUUAUGGGGAACUGCGUCGUCUGCAAACAGCUCCUAAAGAGCUACAGAUUCUUUCUACUAGAGCACACACUCCUUCAAAUACACCACAAGGAAAAGUCAAGAGCGGUGAAGUUUGCCGAUUUGGUGGCCACAGCACGUCACCUACACGAUAAAUGAGGCAUUCAGGGGAAAUGUUCCUCACAACAGAAACGGAUACUUUUGCACGGUGAGAUGUUGCAGCAUCUUGUCAAAAAUGAAACUCCUCGUGUUUAUCCGUCGUCUCCACGAUUCUGGCAGAAAAAUCGUGUUCUGCAAAUUUACGUAAUAUGGGGCGUUCACUGUUACUGUUAAGCCAGACUCCUAAAACAAAAAAAAAGGUCCAAUUACACCGUCGCACCACGCAGUCACACGUGAGGAAUGAAGAGAUGUUUCAAGAAGCAGAAAAGGCUUUUAAUGGCCCAAAAACAACAGCUGUUAACUGAUCAUUUAAGUGAAAAUACGCAUCAUAGACCAUAAAUAUUAUUGCAUUUGGGUCACCUUUGAAGAUCAAUUGCAUACAAACAACAAAGAGCUUUCAUUGUCUGAAGUCCCUGUCUUUGGUAUGCUGAGCCACCAGCAUUUUAUAUGGUUGGAAUUUUAAAUCCAAGAGUAACAUGUUUCUCAGAGACUCCAAGCUCAUCUGUAGACAAUGUCAAUAUUUCCAGGUGACCUCUCUCUUUCAUCAGUAUUUGAGAACUUCUUAAGGCUGUUUCGUGUUGUUAUAAAAGCUUUAUCCUAUCGUAUGAUCGUAUUGGAACUUGGAACUGUUCGAUUAAAAUGGUGUAAUAUCUGCUGUGUUGUGUGUUCGAUACGACGAUACCAUUCUCUUUCAGGCAUUGGCUUCUUGUCGCGGAAGAUCGGCAACAGUGUGCGUCCUGCCAUGAUCCUGACGAGGGCUGGAAACGAGUACACGAUGAUAUCGGCGACGGGCAUCUUCACGACGUCCAACACAUUCCGGCUGGGUGAAGAGAAGUGGGUGAAGACCGAGGACGGCCGGCGAGUCAUCCGUACCUGUACGCUAGAGGGCAACACUCUUACCUGGGUGGAGAGGGGGCACAAACUCGUCACUUACGUGUUCGAGUUCACUACAGAAGAGCUCAAGAUGACGAUUAUGGUGGACGACGUUGUUUGCACAAGGAUAUUUGAAGCCUUACGAGGCAUGGAAGUGGGGGCCUACGGUGCCACGCCGCACCACAUCCCUCAAGUCGACAAGAAGUGAGCGGUGCCUCGGUUUCCUAGGGACUGUACGCGCCAGAAACCACUUGCGUCGCUCAUUACACUGAUGGUCUUCGCAUUUUUGGAAAGUCUUCCAUGUCUUUCCGUCGUGAACCAAUGUUUCAUUGAAACUUUUGUCUAGUCAUAAUUUUAACUUUACUAUCUUAUAUAUUUAUAGUUUACUUGGU